GGGCCUGCACCUAGAAAGCAGGAUGAAAAGAUGGCAAACUUCUUGUUACCUCGGGGCGCCAACAGCUUCCGCCGGUUCACUCGCGAAUCUCUGGCAGCCAUUGAGAAGCAGAUUGCAGAGAAACAGGCCCGGAGCGUCACGCAGGAGAGCCGAGACACCCCGACCGAGGAGGAGAAGCCGCGGCCCCAGCUGGACCUGCAGGCAUCCAAGAAGCUGCCCGACCUCUAUGGCAAUCCGCCUCGGGACCUCAUCGGGGAGCCCCUGGAGGACUUGGACCCUUUCUACAGCACCCAAAAGACCUUCAUCGUACUGAACAAAGGGAAAACCAUCUUCCGAUUUAGUGCCACAAAUGCCUUGUACAUCCUCAGCCCCUUCCACCCCAUCCGGAGAGCAGCAGUAAAAAUUUUGGUUCAUUCUCUGUUCAGUAUGUUUAUCAUGUGUACCAUUUUAACCAACUGUGUGUUCAUGGCCCAACACGAGCCCCCACCGUGGACCAAGUAUGUUGAGUACACUUUUACUGCCAUUUAUACCUUUGAGUCAUUGGUAAAAAUACUGGCGCGAGGAUUUUGUCUAAACGCAUUCACCUUUCUCCGCGAUCCGUGGAACUGGCUCGAUUUCAGCGUGAUUGUCAUGGCGUAUGUAUCAGAAAAUAUAAAACUAGGGAAUUUGUCGGCUCUUCGAACUUUCAGAGUCCUGAGAGCUCUAAAAACUAUUUCAGUUAUCCCAGGCCUGAAGACCAUCGUGGGGGCCCUGAUCCAGUCAGUAAAGAAGCUCGCAGACGUGAUGGUCCUCACAGUGUUCUGCCUGAGCGUCUUUGCUCUCAUAGGGCUCCAGCUUUUCAUGGGCAAUUUGCGGAACAAAUGUGUGCGGGACUUUGUGGUCCUGAAUGGGACCAAUGGCACUGUGGUAUCCGAGGGUCAAAUCUGGGAGUCGAUAGAAGAGUACAUCAGCAGCCCAGAAAACUAUUUGCUGAAGAACGGAACCUCAGACGUGUUGCUCUGUGGGAACAGCUCAGAUGCGGGGACGUGUCCAGAGGGUUACCGCUGCCUGAAGGCUGGAGAAAACCCCGACCAUGGCUACACCAGCUUUGACUCUUUUGGCUGGGCCUUCCUCGCGCUCUUCCGCCUGAUGACCCAAGACUGCUGGGAGCGUCUCUACCAGCAGACAUUGAGAUCCGCCGGGAAGAUCUACAUGAUCUUCUUCAUGCUGGUCAUCUUUCUGGGCUCCUUCUACCUGGUGAACCUGAUCCUGGCUGUGGUGGCCAUGGCCUACGAGGAGCAGAAUCAGGCCACUAUUGCUGAGACUGAGGAGAAGGAGAAGCGCUUCCAGGAGGCCAUGGAGAUGCUGAAGAAGGAGCAUGAGGCUCUGACAGCCAGGGGCAUGGACACUGUGUCCAGGAGUUCCUUUGAGAUGUCUCCCCUUGCCCCAAAGACAGCACCAGACAGGAGGAGUAGGAGGAGAACGAGGCAGUCCUCAGGGACAGAUGACUGUGGGGAGGACAGAUUUCCCAAGUCGGACUCAGACGAUGGCCCUCGGAGAAUGACCCUUCUGGGCAUCAACCACAGGAAUUCCCUGAAACGCCGCUCCAGCCACGGCAGCGUCUUCACCUUCCGCCGGAGGGACCUGGGCUCGGAGACCGACUUCGCCGACGAUGAGAUCAGCACCCCCGGGGAGAGCGAGAGCCACCGGGCGUCCCUCCUGGUGCCCUGGCCCGCCCGGCGGCCCAGCGCCCAGAGCCAGUCCAGCCCGGGCGUCCCCGGCGCCCCCAGUCUCAUACACAACGGCAAGAGAAACAGCGCAGUGGACUGCAACGGCGUGGUCUCCCUCCUGGCCAUGGGGGUCCCGGAGGCCACGUCCCCGGGGGGCGGCUUGCUGUCUCCCGUGAUUCUGGAGAAGCCCCGGCCCCCAGACACGACCUCUGUGUCAGAAGAAGUCAGUAAGAAGCAGCUCCUGAUGCCCCAGCGCCUGUCCCUGGAGUACUUUGAGGAGCCGCACGAGCGGCAGCGGGCCUUGAGCGCCGUCAGUGUCAUCACCAGCGCCCUGGAAGUGUCCCUGGAAAAGGAAUCCCAGCUUCCUGGACCUCAUCUCGUCAUCCCUAAAAUUGGGGGCUUGGGCUCAGAUUGGGCGGAGCCUGAGAAGCCCUAA